GAACAAUAGGUCUCGGUUCCAGCAUUAGCAUAUAUUCAUUAUUAGACAAGAGAACAUCCUAUCGAGGAAUAAUAAUAUGGCUGACAUCACCGCACUUAAGCCAUUUGAGGGACGUCGCUCAUUAGACAUGUCCACCUGCGAUGGUGUGUCUGAGAUGUUGGCUCAUGGAGGAACCGGCUUGAUCAAGAGAAAAUUGCUUACCUCGCUAGCUAUGGACUUCGAAGUUGUGCCCCUUGCCGAGAACGGCAAGGUUUUCAUCAUUGAAAAGCAGUACACAACCUUUGUGAACAAGCAUGUUAAGCUUGAGGUCGGUAUGGAUAACCAGUUCAAGAGCUACGUGCCAUACUACGAUGAUGCUUUCGGUGUCGACGUCGGGAAGGCUUGCAAGUACAACGCCAGCAAUGGACACAUGUAUUCCCAUGCUACGUCAACUGGUAAGCACCUGGGAUACGAAUGGGACGAGGAUCGUUACAUUGAGGGCGGUGAUUUCCACUGGAUCACCGUUUUGAAGUAUAAGGGCAAAGAGACUACGCAUCAUCGUGUAUUCCUCCAGAAGUAAAUUCGCAGCCACAACUCAUGGCCAAAUAUAGCUAAAUAAAUAUCUCGAACCG